AUUGAAUCUAACUCUCUCCCUCUUUCUCUCUCUAAAUCCUUCUUGAUUCUCUAUACUUUUUGGAUCUUGAUAACCAUAUCAUCGAGAGGAGCAACAACCUAUUAUGGCUUGCUUAAACAUGGUUAAAAUGAGGAACUUCGAGGAGAAAACCCUGAAAAAGAACGAGGAAUGCACUCAGGAUGGAUCAGUCGAUAGAAAAGGCCGACCAGCAGUCCGAGAAAGAACAGGAUCAUGGUUUGCUGCAAUCCUCAUACUUGUGAACCAAGGUCUAGCCACGCUAGCAUUCUUUGGAGUCGGGGUGAACUUGGUUCUCUUUCUAACGAGAGUGAUGGGUCAAGAUAAUGCUGAAGCCGCGAACAGUGUUAGUAAAUGGACUGGCACUGUGUACAUCUUCUCCCUCCUUGGUGCCUUUCUUAGUGAUUCGUAUUGGGGUCGUUACAAGACUUGUGCGAUCUUUCAGGCCAUUUUUGUCGUGGGCUUGAUAUCGUUAUCACUGUCGUCAUACAUAUUCUUGGUGAAACCAGAAGGAUGCGGCAAUGAAAAAACUCCAUGUGGGACUCAUUCGGGCUUUGCAACGGCUAUGUUCUACGUUUCAAUUUACCUUAUUGCCCUUGGAAAUGGUGGGUACCAACCCAACAUAGCCACAUUUGGUGCAGAUCAGUUUGAUGAGGAUCAUCCCGAAGAAGGACAUGGAAAAGUAUCAUUCUUUAGCUACUUCUACUUGGCCCUAAAUCUUGGAUCACUCUUCUCGAACACCAUAAUAGGGUAUUUUGAAGACAGAGGGACGUGGGCAUUAGGGUUUUGGGCAUCUGCGGGGUCUGCAAUUGUGGCGUUGAUCUUGUUUCUUGUGGGCACACCAAGAUAUAGACAUUUUGUACCCAGUGGAAAUCCUUUAUCAAGAUUUUGCCAAGUUAUGGUUGCUUCAUUCAGGAAAUGGAAGGUUGCUAUCCCUUCUAAUGGUGAUGAAUUAUAUGAAGUCGAUGGCAAAGAAAAUCCCAAUAAUGGCAGCAGAAAUAUUCUUCAUACCCAAGGAUUUAAAUUCUUGGAUAGAGCUGCGGUUAUCACCUCUAAGGAAAAUUCAUUUGAGAAAGAAGAUAUUAAAAGCCCAUGGCACCUAUGUACUGUAACACAAGUCGAGGAAGUGAAAUGCAUAUUAAGACUCCUUCCUAUUUGGCUAUGCACAAUCCUCUAUUCAGUAGUAUUCACUCAAAUGGCCUCUCUGUUUGUCGAACAAGGAGCUGCAAUGAAAACCAACAUCUCAAGCUUCCACAUUCCUCCAGCAAGCAUGUCCAGCUUUGACAUCCUCAGUGUUGCAGCCUUUAUAUUCAUUUAUAGACGGGUUCUUGAUCCGUUAGUGGCAAGACUAAAGAAAUCUCCUUCGCCCAGAGGAUUAACCGAGCUUCAAAGGAUGGGGGUUGGCCUUGUCAUAGCGAUACUAGCAAUGAUAGUCGCAGGCACUGUCGAGCACUUCAGGUUGAAAUAUAAGGACAAUGAUUGCCCCACAUGUGAAGGGUCAAGCACUUUGAGCAUAUUCUGGCAAGUCCCACAAUACGUACUUAUUGGAGCUUCAGAGGUUUUCAUGUAUGUAGGGCAAUUGGAAUUCUUUAAUGGGCAAGCACCAGAUGGGCUUAAAAGCUUUGGAAGCGCACUAUGCAUGACAUCGAUUUCACUAGGGAACUAUGUGAGCAGUUUGCUUGUGACAAUUGUGAUGAAGAUUUCUAGUAGUGAAAGAAUGCCUGGAUGGAUUCCUGGAAAUCUGAACAAGGGUCAUUUGGACAACUUCUACUUUCUAUUAGCCAUUUUGACAAGUGCUGAUUUUGUGGUGUAUUUGUUAGUGGCAAACUGGUACAAAUACAUCAAGUUUGAAGGGAGAAAUGAUAAAGUAGAGGGCUGCCAACAUGUUUGAUAGGCUAAUUUAAUGUGUUUAGAAUGAUUUUUUUGUAACAUAGUAAAGAUACUGAUAAUGUCUUCUUGUCCUUUUUUUCCCCAUCAAUUAAUGCCAAAAAUUAUAAAUUCUUAUUUAAAGCUUA